GGCAGAGAAAUGGAGGGCUGUCCAACUCAGACCGAACGAGCGAUGAGUUAUCCUGUGGAUAUCUUAGCCAAUGGAGAUUGGGAUACUUUAAAACAGUCCUCCGAGGCCUACCUAUCAAGGCUUAGAAACAGAGACAAGGCAGCCACUGAGAUCUUUCGUCUAAUCAAUGGAGAAAAGCUUGCUGUUACACCAUCUACUGUGACCUUCCUGCAUGUCCACAGAGAGGACAAUGAACACAGGGUCCUGGGUCUGCUCAACCCACAAGAUAACCAGGCAGUGGUUGCUGUGUACCUUGGUGAAAGAUGGUGGGUGCUGGACGAUGCUCUGAGAACAUCCAACGAUGCAAGGCGUGAGCUGGUGCAGUCAGUCGCUGAGCAGAUUGUGCUUUAUCUCCUGAAUCGGAUUAUCUAUCGGAGAAGGGAAUUUCUCCCUGGCAAUAUCCUGUUUCUUCAUCAUCCGGCAAACCAGUUUGCCAAAAUUUUCUGGAAGAAUGGUGAGGCAGUCGGGUUUUAUACCGUGAAGCAGAAAGGUAGUUUGUGUACUGACUGCACCAGCCAGUGUUACCAGCUUCCUGUACUAGAUACCCUGUUCGUCAGACAGAGCUACCAACGCCAGGGCAUUGGCUUGAAGAUCCUUCAUGAAUUCUGCAGCAUCUUCAGUGGAGAUGAAGCUGUGGGAAUCAGUAGACCCAUUUCUGGAGCCAUGUAUAAAGUUUGUUCCAAGUAUUUAUACUCACGGCCCCACGAGCAGGAACGUGUUUGGGAAGUGGAGGCGCCAGGCGACUGGAGCCAAAGGGUCAACGUGUGGCUGCAGAUCCAAAUGGGAGCUAUACCCUCAGUCAUUACAGACACGACUGCUGGUGGAAACCCCUCUCUUCCCAGCCCAGAAGAAGAGUAGCCAAGGGUCAAUAGGCGAAGACACAACCAGACAAUCACCUUGUGCGAGAGCCCACAAUCUUCAGACUGAGGUAGUCAAAGUGCUGUAACCUUCAUCACUCACAGUGCAAACAGCCACAUCUUCCACACCCACAACGGCUACCACCCAGAAGGAUAAUAAGAACAUAAGAAAUAGGAGCAGGAGUAGGCCAUUCGGCCCCUCGAGCCUGCUCCGCCAGCCAAUGAGAUGAGGGUUGAUCUGACGUGGCCUUUCCUGCUUGUCUCCCAUAACCCUUGACCCUCUUUUCAAUCAAAAACCCUAACUCAGCCUUGACUAUGUUCAAUGACCCAGCCUCCACUGCUCCCUGGGGAAGGGAAUACCAAGCACUAACAACACUCUGUGAGAAGAAAUUCCUCCCCAUCUCCAUCUUAAAUGGGACACCCCUUAUUCUGAAACUUUUCCCCCUAGUUCUAGAUCCCCCCCAAUGAGGGGAAACAUCCUCUCAGCAUCUCAGCAG